UAUCAUUCGUCCUUUCAGGCUGCACUAUUUUUGCGUAGUUACUGCAGGUGGCUCUCAAGUGGUUUCACGACAACUAUUGUGUUUAUACUGUUGCUGGCUUACUGGAAAGCUAGUAUUAGUGGUGCCCUUGUGGCCAAAGGUCGUCUAUUUCCAGAAAAAUUAUUUUUGCAUGACUCACCGAUGAAUGAAGUGAGCGAAAUACACCGUAAAAUCAUCAUGCCAUCAUAUACAUUCGUAACAAUAUUUGUCACCCGGCCAGGUGAUCUAAGCAACUCAACAAUGCUGAACCGAAUGAAAAACAUGGUGGCAGAGUUUGAAGCAAUGCCGGAGUGCAAAGGACCUAGAUUUACUCAUUUCUGGCUUCGUGAUUAUGAAGUAUAUUUGGAAACGAAGGAUGAAGAAGCUGGUGUUGGUGCGGACGAUGAUUAUACAUCGAGCGAUCUGAAAAAAUUUCUGGAAUGGCCUGAAUACGAAUCGUGGGGUGGUUUUAUGAAAUUUGACAACCAGACAAACCGUUUCAAAGCGUUUUAUGUGACGAUUGUAUACGGUGGCGCUAAUCAAUCGGAUUGGACUCAGCGGCACAUUUCGCUUAGACGGCGGCACCUCUUUUAUCGAACUAGUGAUAUUGGAGCAUCAGUGUAUGAGGACGAAGCUUUAUUUACGGACCAGAUCGAAACAUUGUUACCGACGACGCUUCAGGCAUUGUUUGUGAGUUUGGCGUGUAUGGCCGUGGUGUGCUAUAUUUUCAUGGCUAAUAUUUUCACGGCAUUAAUAGCGGUUACUUCAAUUACCUCAGUUUGUAUAGGAGUGUUCGGUUUCUUGACUCUUUGGGAUGUUGAUCUAGAUCCGGUUUCCAUGACGACAAUUAUCAUGUCCGUUGGCCUGUCUGUUGAUUUUCCAGCUCAUAUCACCUACCACUAUCAUCGAACUGGUUUGAAUCCAAAUCUGACCUCAGCCCAAGAGCGACUCGAGCAUUCUUUCACUGCCAUUGGUUUUCCACUUCUACAGUGCAGCCUCUCAACAAUAAUCUUCGUACUCGUUCUUCUACUGGUGCCGUGUUACAUGAGUGAAGUAUCAAUUGUUUUGGUGAUCUCACUGGGAACGGUGCAUGCCUUGGUCGCUGUACCCGCACUUCUUUGCGCCUUGUCAAAUACUUAUCAGUAUUUUUCCCUGUUGAGGGACAAUAAGGUUUUCAUUCACUCAAUACUGUUUCACUCUAAAGUGCAAUAUUUUUGUUUCUUCUUGUUAUGA